GAGAGAGAGAGACAGCAGGCGGGAGGGAGGCGGCAGAUCUGCGGCGUCCGGGAGCCGGAAGGAUGGAGGUCCGACCGGAGAGACUGAAAGCGGCCGCGGGGAAGACCCUCGGCAAAAUACACAGGUUGCUGGAGAAACGUCAAGCCAAUGGCGAGGCGAUCGAGCUGUCGGCAGAGGGGCGUCCUGAGUUGGUGGAGGAGAAGGAGCUGCCCAUUGUGGACUGCACCUGCUUUGGCUUGCCACGCCGCUACAUCAUUGCCAUCCUCUCCGGUCUUGGUUUCUGCAUAUCCUUUGGUAUCCGCUGCAAUCUGGGUGUGGCCAUCGUCAGCAUGGUGAACAACCACACCGUCUCCAGGGGAAACAAGGAGGUACUGGUGGGAGCUCAGUUCACGUGGGACCCAGAGACAGUGGGCAUGAUCCAUGGCUCCUUCUUCUGGGGAUACAUCGUCACGCAGAUCCCUGGGGGAUUCAUCUGCCAGAAGUUUGCUGCUAACCGUGUUUUUGGCUUUGCUAUUGUGGCCACCUCCACCCUCAAUAUGUUUAUCCCAACGGCAGCACGAAUUCACUACGGCUGUGUGAUUCUGGUCAGGAUCUGCCAGGGUCUUGUGGAGGGGGUGUCGUACCCAGCAUGCCAUGGGAUUUGGUCAAAGUGGGCCCCACCUCUUGAAAGAAGCCGACUGGCUACAACUGCCUUUUGUGGCUCCUAUGCGGGCGCUGUGGUGGCGAUGCCGUUGGCGGGGGUGUUGGUGCAGUACUCUGGCUGGUCCUCAGUUUUCUACGUCUACGGCAGUUUUGGGAUCUUGUGGUAUCUCUUCUGGAUCCUGGUGUCCUACGAGAGCCCGGCAGCUCAUCCCACCAUCACCCCUGAGGAGAGGAAGUACAUUGAGGAUGCCAUCGGUGAGACUGCAGGUCUGGUAAACCCCCUUCAGAAAUUCAAGACCCCCUGGAGACGUUUCUUCACCUCCAUGCCGGUGUAUGCCAUCAUCGUGGCCAACUUUUGCCGCAGCUGGACCUUCUACCUGCUUCUCAUCAGCCAGCCAGCGUACUUCGAGGAGGUGUUUGGGUUUGAGAUCAGCAAGGUAGGGAUGCUGUCCGCCCUGCCCCACCUGGUGAUGACCAUCAUUGUCCCGAUUGGCGGUCAGCUGGCUGACUUCCUACGCUCACGCCAAAUUAUGUCCACCACAAAUGUCAGGAAGCUCAUGAAUUGUGGAGGGUUUGGCAUGGAGGCCACUUUGCUGCUGGUGGUGGGCUUCUCUCACACCAAGGGCAUCGCCAUCUCCUUCCUGGUCCUGGCUGUUGGAUUCAGUGGCUUCGCCAUAUCAGGAUUCAACGUGAACCACCUGGACAUUGCUCCUCGAUAUGCCAGCAUCCUGAUGGGCAUCUCCAAUGGGGUGGGCACUCUGUCUGGCAUGGUGUGCCCACUCAUAGUGGGUGCCAUGACCAAACACAAGACCCGCGAGGAGUGGCAGUAUGUUUUCCUCAUAGCCUCAGUCGUUCAUUACGGAGGCGUGAUCUUCUACGGUGUUUUCGCUUCCGGGGAAAAGCAGCCCUGGGCCGAUGCAGAGGACACCAGCCAGGAGAAGUGCGGCAUCCUGGACGAGGACGAACUCGCCGACGCGACGGAGGACAUGUACCGUGAUGGGGGAAUGGGCCAGUAUGGCACCAUGAGCCAGCGCCCACUGGGGGACAGCAAGGUGUCACGGAGGGGCACUGGUGGAGGGGGAGGUGGAGGUGGGGGGGGGUGGGUGGCCGACUGGGACAAAAGCGAAGAAUACGUACAGCCACCUGGAUCUAACAGCUACCUGUACGGGGGGGAUGUGCAGAGGGAGCUGACCUAGGCGGAGGAGUAGGAAGUUACAGGAGGCAAGGAGGAGGUGUAGGAGGAGAGAUUCAAAUAGUGUCAGUGUGUCUGUACUGCUGAAUCCUGUGUGUGAGUGUAUGUGCAUCUGUAACUGUGUCUAUACUGCUGAAUCCUAUGUAUGAGUGUGCGUACGUCUGUAAGUGUGCCUGUACGGCUAAACCCUGGGUGUGAUUGCGUGCGUCUGUAAGUGUGUCUGUACUGCUAAACGCUGGGUGUGAUUGCAUGCGUCUGUAAGUGUGUCUGUACUGCUAAACCCUGGGUGUGAUUGCGUGUGUCUGUAAGUGUGGCUGUACUGCUGUAUCCUGUGCGUGAGCAUAGGUCUGUAAGUGUGUCUGUACUGCUGUAUCCUGUGUGUGAGUGUGCGUGCGUCUGUAAAUGUGUCUGUACUGCUGAAUCCUGUGUGUGAGCGGACAUCUGUAAGUAUGGCUGUACUGUUGAACCCUGGUGUGAGUGUGCGUGCGUCUGUAAGUGUGUCUGUACUGCUGUAUCCUGUGUGUGAUUGUGUGUGUGUCUGUAAAUGUGUCUACUGCUGAAUCCUGUGUGUGAGCGUACGUCUGUAAGUGUGCCUGUACUGCUGAACCCUGUGUGUGAGCGUGCGUGCAUCUAUUAGUGUGUCUGUACUGCUGUAUCCUGUGCGUGAGUGUGUGUGUGUCUGUAAGUGUGUCUGUACUGCUGAAUCCUGUGUGUGAGCGUGCGUGCGUCUAUUAGUGUGUCUGUACUGCUGUAUCCUGUGUGUGUGUGUGAGCAUGCGUCUGUAUGUCUGUCUAUACUGCUAUAUACGGAAUGUGUGAGUGUGUGUCUGUCCCUUGAGAGUGUCGCUGUCAUUUCAUUGAAAGUCUCCCUCCAUGCCUGGUUGGUUUUGUGUUAAUGGCAACGUGAGCUUUUCUAUCCCUUUUUCUCACUUGAGGGUUUGCACUUUGCAUUUAAUGGACGUUUCUAUAGAUUCAGAGUUUAAAAGGCUUAUUAGUGUUACCUGUCUGUGUAAAACAGCACUGAACGCCCAUUAGACAAACACAGCAACCGCGCAACUCAAAGCUACACUCCCAGUGAGCCGCUGGCUGUAGCAGUGGCCUGGUAGCAGCUAGUGGGGACGUAUGGCCACAUUUUAAGUAUUUCAGGAGUCCUGGGGGGCCUUGCGGUCCAGAUGGUCUGGAGUCCUGGGCCCCCUGUUAUUGGGGCUGGUGGUCUGACAUGCAUCUUACAGUUCAGUUAUUCAUCAUCAUCAGGUGAAACUAUAUGUCUCAUGCCAUCAGUUUCUCCUGCUGCUAUUUGCAGAACAACCAAACUUUCACCCUGAAAUGCUCUUCUUUAGUAAACGUUUACCCAGCUACAGGCUUGCAGUAUUUUCCCAUCGCAGUUGUGCCGUUUUGCUGAACGUGAAUAAAAAGAGAAGCCGGUUGUGGAAAUGCAUUCUGGGAGUUCAGUGUCUCAAAUGGGAGAUUCAGGCAUAGCUGCCCUCAGUGCCACGGCGGGAUCUUCUGUAGCUGUUUUAUAGAUUAGGUGUUAGCAGCCCUGUGAUCUUUGGGUUCAUCCUACUCGUGUGUGUAUCAGUGUGUGCAUGUUUUAAUAGUUUCAACACCUGUACCCCAGAUAUGCAGCCACCUCUUUGCUGAUGCCUGUGCCCUUGGCAAACACUGGGGGCGCCACUGAGCUCAACAAACGCUUCGCAGGGCUUAUCUGACCCAAAACCUCUGAGCUGAACUCCACCCACCUCUGAAACUGAGCGCUCAUGGGUGCAAUAGCGAGACCAUGGGGGGGGGGGGGGCGCUGUGUGCACCCACCCAACUCCUGCGCUUACAUAUGAAUCUGUGCAUUUCGCCCUGAGUCUGAGUGGACUCUGUUUAGCCUUCUGCUUUGCAUGAGGCCUGCGCUCUUUUGUGUGCGUGCAGACGGCAGCCAUCAGCUAUAGGGUUUGCAUCUGUCAAUCAUGCGUGUGCUUACAGAUGAUUGGUUGCUGGGGGGGGUAGUGGGAGGUUAUGUCGUAUCUCAAGACACGCUUAAAACUACUGAAAGGGAAAUGCAGUAUUUUCAUAAAAUGUUUGAACAAUCAUUUUUAUUGGUAGUAAAAAAAAACGUUAUGAAGAUGAAAAAGUAUUUACCUGCAAUUCGUGAUAUCUGCAACUCAUUUGACCUGCAGAGGGUUGCAAUAACCAGCAGACAUCCAGAGGCCCUCAGGGACGCUGUGAAUUCUGGGAAGGGGAGUAUGGGAAUAUACAUGCCUGCCUUCACUAUGAAGCUGAAUGAUGUUAUACUGCUGCAUUUUAAUUAUUGUUCUGGUCUGUCCUGUUUUAUUUUUUAUUCUUGUUUUGUUUUCAUUGUUCUGUUCUUUGUGUUAUUUAAUUGUUACAAAAAAAAUGUAAAAAAGAUAUAAAUAUAUAUAUACACAUAACCGGUUAAAGAUUAUAUAUGUAAAAAUAUAUAUGUGGGAAAAGCC